GCCGAAAUCAGAUGUCUUACAUUGAUUUCCUUUAAAUGUUACGUGAUUUCACUCUUCGAAAUUCUGUUCGUCAUCAUCUUUUUCAAUGAUAUCUUUAUUGGCUACUUUUGCUCUACUCAGUUUAUUGGUCAUGGUUGGCCAGGCAAGGGUUGUGAUGUGUCCAGAAGACACACAGAUUUACCCUUCUGGAUUUUCAAAAGGUCCUUGCUACCAGUCGUAUUACAAGGCAAUGGUAAUCUUUGGUGAUUCAUGGACAGAAAAUGGGGACGCUCCCCUUGAUGCGAGUUCAUAUGCCGAAAACAAUUUUGAUCAACGAGCAGUCAACGGGCCAACAUGGGCUGAGUAUCUUACUGCGUCCAGUGGAAUAGACCUCUACGACUUUGCAGCCUCUGGUGCCACUGCUAAUAACUCCAAUUUGCCACGGCUUGUUCCAGAUGCCGCUCAACAAAUCGAGUCAUAUACCAACUCGCUGACGGGUGGCAAAUCACUUCCGUUUGUCAGUACGUUGUAUGCACUAUGGUUUGGAGUAAACGAUGUGCACGAUACAUACACGAAUGUGCAGCCAGAUGAGAGGGAUGAAAAACUGGUUGUCGCGGCAGACUCAAUUCUGAAUGCGAUUUCUACUUUAUAUCAAGGCCAAGGUGCUAGACGGUUUCUUGUAGCGCUCACUCCACCCAUAGGUUACCUCCCAACUCUCACAAAUGGUUCCACGUCAGUCGAUCAUGAUGUGGCUGAUGGUUUGGCACAGAACUUUAAUCAGUACAUUGUGGACAGGCUCCAAGCUUUCUAUUCGGCCUAUCCCGAUACUGAAAUUAUCACGUUCAACUCGUAUGCCUUGAUUAUGGACAUGAUUCAAAACCCAAAUGUCUACAGUAUCAGUAACAGCAUAGAGGCUUGCGUCAAUUCAGACGGUUCCCAUUGCAGCGAACCAGAUCAAUAUUUAUGGUGGGACGGGUGGCAUCCAACAACCAAGACUGAAUCACACUUUUCAUCUGUGUUGGAAGAUUUCUUAUUCAAGGGACGUAACAAACGGAUUUCGAAGCACUAUGUAAAGUCGUCUAUCAAAUUCCGAGCUACGUGAUAACUGGAUUAUUGCGUUGGUGAAAGCACCGACGGUUGUACUCGAUAGAAAUCUGUAAAUGCUAGUUAAAUGCUAGUUACUCUAUAUUUUUUUGCGAAACACUCAGUAGCUGAGUGUUGCGGAUUAAAGACUAAUAAAAUUAAUCAAGUCUGAUGAUAGCAGAACAUA